UAUUGAAUUUAAAAUAGUAAAAUAAAUAUGUAUUUUUGCUCAAAUUUUAAAAUUUAAAACAUUUUGUUUUUAAUUUUGAAAUCACACUCCGGAAAUGUGCAGAUAUUAGAUCCUAUUUAUCAGUAGGGUUUUUUCCCCGUCCAAAUGACAGGCUCUAUAUUCAGACUUUUCCUGUUAUAUUUACCUGUUAGUGUUCCCCUCUUUUCUGCACGAUGACGGCUGCGGUUGUCUUUUCCGCCGUCACGCUGGCGCUGCUUUCCCGCCCGCCUUCAGCUGUGUCUGGCCGCAGGGAUGUGGUCGAGCUCGGAGACGCAGACUUCGACUACCUGGCGACGGAGCACGAAACCAUGCUUGUCAAAUUUUACGCUCCAUGGUGUGGUCACUGUAAGAAACUUGCCCCAGAAUUUGAAAAAGCAGCAAAUAAACUAAAGGGACUUGUUAAAUUAGCAAAGGUGGACUGCACUGCAAACUCAGAGACGUGUGGUCGUUUUGGAGUCACCGGUUAUCCCACCUUAAAGAUCUUUCGGUAUGGUAAAGACUCUGCCUCAUAUGAUGGACCUCGCACUGCAGAUGGGAUCUAUGAGGUCAUGCGGAGGCAGACGGGUCCAGACUCGGUUCACCUGAAGAGUAAAGAAGAUCUUCAAGGCUUUGUCAACAACUACGAUGCCAGCAUUGUUGGUGUUUUUCCCAGCUCUGAUAGCGCUCGUUUACCAGAAUUCCUGAAGGCAGCAGGUCUGUUAAGAGAUCAGUUCAGGUUCGCUCACAUUACUGAUCUGCAGGUAGCUGAGGAUCACAAUGUGAACUCAGAGACCGUUUUGCUGUUCAGACCUCCACGGCUGGCUAACGCAUUUGAAGACAGCGUCGUCGUCUUCAAAGAUUAUCUAACCAUCAGCUCCUUAAGGCGCUUCAUCAGAGAUCACCUCUACGGUCUGUGUCCUCACAUGACGCUGGAGAACAGAGACCGUCUGAGGGUGCGUGACCUGCUCACGGCGUACUAUGACCUGGACUAUCACCACAACGUGCGGGGCUCCAACUACUGGAGGAACAGAGUGAUGAAAGUUGGAUCCAAAUAUUCUGGGCGGAGCCUGAUGUUCUCCGUAGCCAAUAAAAAGGACUUUCUGGUGGAGCUGGAGGAGGACUAUGACCUGGGCACGUCGGAUGCCGGAGAUCUGCCGUUUGUCACCAUCAGGACCAAGCUGGGGCAGAAAUAUGUCAUGAGGGAGGAGUUCACGAGGGACGGUCGGUCGCUGGAGAGGUUUCUGGACGAUUAUUUCGCCGGUCGUCUCAAACAGUACAUAAAAUCCGAACCCAUUCCUGAGAAGAACUCUGCUGCUGUUAAGGUGGUUGUUGCCGAGUCCUUCAAUGAAAUCGUGAACGAUCCAGAGAAAGACGUCCUGAUUCAGUUUUACUCUCCGUCCUGUCCACACUGCAAAAAACUGGAGCCCAUCUACAGAGAAUUAGCUGAAACGUUGUAUUCUUAUCCUCGCACUGUGAUCGCCAAGAUGAACGCCGUGGACAAUGACAUCCCACUGGGUUAUGACGUCCAAGGGUAUCCCACAAUCUAUUUUGCUCCAGUGGGUAAAAAGGAUAAUCCUAUUCGAUACCAGGGUCCCCGAGAGCUCAAAGAAUUCCUAAUUUUCCUGAAGCGGGAAUCGAGUUACAAUCUAAACUUGGGCGGCUCCAGAGAUGAACUCUGAUUCAACCGGUCAGUUUUUGACUUGCAAAGGAUGGAGUCGAUUGUUCGGUUUGGACGGGACCUGCUAAAACGUCCGAACCCGGGCCAGGGUACAUCAAGUCCGAGAACCUCGUUCAGCCCGUCUCAUUUGCCAUCGGCAGUCUACGUCCAGCUGAUCUUCUACCACUUUUUUGUAUUCAUGUCAUUUAUGCAUUUUAAGUAGUCUGUUUUGUUUAUUUGAAUUUUUUUUGCAAAAGACUGUGAUCAUGAUUUAUUUAUAGCUUAAUAUGUGGAAUUUAAACUUGAACAUUUUUAUUUAUAAAAUGUAUUUAUUUAUUUAUUUGAACUUAAGCAGAGGCAAAAAAUCAAAAUAAACCCAAUAAAUAUUUAUUAAAACUUUACUUAAAGCUUUUUUGGAAUCGUUUGAUUUAGCAAUAUUUUACAUUUGCAUAUUAAAUCACUUGAACUACUGUGUUAUGCACAUUUUUAGUUGGCAUGCUAUUGUAAUAAGGAAACUUUUGAAACAUAAAAAGACUAAAGUUGGAACAAAUGUUUGCAUUAAAUCAUUAGUGAACUGAAAAAAGUAUUUUUCCUGGGGGUGGACAUGUUAUUUUUAUUUAUUUAUUUUUUUAUUUUUGUUUUGUUUUAUGGAAGUACAAAUGUAUUUGCAUUUUUACUCUUGGAUGCAGAUUUUUAAUUAUUAUUAUUUCCGGCUUAUUAUGCAUUUAGUUAAUUAGUCCUACCUCAAAAGUGCUACUUUGUAUGUGAUUUUAUCUCUAAACUUGCUAAAAUGUUUCUUUAAUAAAAAGGUAGCCAUAAGAAGAACUGAUGUUUGCAAAUUUGCCUUUUUAAUAUUUAAAAUAAAAUGGUUCCUGGGAGUAAAUCA